AUGAUCAAGUCUGACUCGCAUGAUAGUAGUGUUGAAUAUCAUAGUCAUCAUGAAAAAUUAAUUAAGGAUGAUACACUUUCACGAGCACGUCGUGCUCGUCGUCAAAGUCAAACAAAUUCAGUAACAAGUGGUGAUGAGACUAGACGAGAAGUUUCUGAAACACAUUUACGACCACCAGCAUCUCGUCGUCAACAGAGAUCAUCACCGAAAAGUUCUAAUUUACCACCAUUAAGUAAUGCAACAAGCGUUACUAUAGAAAAUGAAACCAAACCUGUACGAAAAAAGAAAACAUUUAAACCACGUGAAGGUGAAGAAGUUGAAAUGACUGUUAGAAAACGUAGUAGUAGUCGUCAACGACGUCGACAACGAACAACAUCGAAAGAAGGACAAUCCGAAUCUGAAGCAACGAUUGAUCAUGGACGAGAUAAAAUACUUGGAAUUGUUAUUCAUCGAACAGAUCGUUUAAGAACAGAUCUUAGACUUCGACAUCCAUUUGUACGUGUACAUUUAAUUGAUCUUAAUACAAGAUCGUAUGUACGAAAAACUGAUCCAAAUCGUUUAGUACUUCGUUAUCAUAUUCCAAAUGAACAUCCAACUGAUUAUAUACCAGGCAUAUCAACUGAUCCCUAUGAUUUUAAUGCGAAUCGUUCGACAAUUCCAUCAUGGGAACAAAUGCUCAUUAUUAAUGAAGAAUAUCCUCAUUUUACAACUGUGCAACAACAGAAUAUAUUUAUUUUUUUCGAAAUUCUUGAAUUUGUUACCAAUCAACAAAAUACAAAUGAUCUAUCAAAUACAUUUCCAAUAGCAUGGGCAUUUCUAAAAAUUAUCGGCUCACGAAAUACUCUUAAUACUGAACGAAUAAUGCGUUUACAACUUUGGCAACCAAUCGAACACCAACAUGGUUCAGCAUUAACACCCGAUGUUGUUAUGUGGCAUAAUCAUAUGCAUCGUACAAAAUAUCCAUCGACACUUUAUGUUACAAUUAAACCACUUAAUAUACCAACACAUUUUUAUCCAGGUUUACGAUCAGCAUUAGAUGGUGGUAUUGAACAUAUGCGAAAUGAAUAUCGACAGAUAAAACGAGAACUUGAAGAACAAAAUAACCCAAAUGGUAUAUCGGAACAUCUUACAGAUAGUCAACAAAUGGAUUUAAAUAAUGAAACCAUGGGACCAUUACAACGUGUUGCACAAAUUCCACCACAAUGGAAAAAAUUACCUAAUUCAAAAUGUAAAAUUCCAACUGAAUCAUUACUUUCACUUAAUACAAGUGAACGAGGUUGUUCAUCAAUACGUUUUUCACAUAAUGGUCAUUUUCUUGCUUGUGCCGAGGUUAACAAAGCACAAGAAAAUAAUAUCAUAUCGAUUUUUGAAAUUAUGCACGGUCGACGUGUAGCCUUGUUUACUGGACAUUUACAAAUGAUUUAUGAUCUCGAUUGGUCUAGAACUGAUUGUUAUCUAGCAUCAGCAUCAGCCGAUUCAUCCGUCAAAAUUUGGAAUUUUGAACAAAUUCAACGAAAACCAUGGCGAUCGUUAGCUCAUCCAAGUUACGUCUAUUGUGUUCGUUUUCAUCCAUUCGAUGAAAAUAUAGUCGUUACUGCUGGUUAUGAUAAAUUAAUUCGUAUAUGGGAUCUUAAAAAAAAACAUGGACAUAUAAUUAGAACAAUGGCUGAUCAUUUAGGAUUUAUUAGUAGUCUAUCAUUUAAUCCAGAUGGUACACGAUUAGCAUCUGUUGAUAGUGUUGGUGCUAUUAAAGUUUGGCAUGGAUUACCAAAUGAAACAAGUACAUCUCAAAUAUUUGCUGAUAGUUGGACAUUGGGUUCAACUUUAGAUUUUACUGAAUUACAAAAUAUUCCAUUGAAUAGUGUUACUUAUUCACCAGGCGAUCAUUAUUUAUUAGUGUCUGCUCGUGACAAUUUAAUUGUUUUAAUCGAUGUUCGAACAAAAUCUAUUUCACGUCGUUAUAUUGGAUCAUUUAAUUUACAAGAUCGUAUUCGUUCAACAUUUUCAUCAUGUGGUUCACUCGUAUUUUCUGGUAGUGAAGAUGGGCAAGUACAUUGUUGGCAUACAUAUAAUGGAAAUUUACUUUAUUCAUAUAAAUAUAUCAAUUAUACUCAACCUGUUGUUGAUAUACAAUUUCAUCCAUUUGAUAAUAUAUUAGCAAUGUGUUCAAUUGGACCAUUACAUCAAGUUUAUGUAUUUCAACAUACAUUUAGUGAAGCUGAUAUUGAAGCAAAACCUUUUCAAUCACAACAUAAUAUAUCAAGACAAGGAUUUACACCAACAGCAACACCAUUGGUGACUUCAGAUACAGAUCGAAGUUUCGGAAAAUCAAGAAUGGAAAGUAGUGGAGAUGAAUUACCAAGAACAGCAACAACAACAUUGAAAAAUGAAUCGAAAAAUCGACGAUUAGCAGUUGUUAACAAAAUUCUUGAUGAAAUGGAUGAUGUUAUUAAUCCAAAAUCUGGAACAAGUCGUCGUCGAGAUUCAAUAACAGAUUAUGGUGGUAAUCAUUUUCAACGUGACAUAUCACCAUAUCAAGGACAUCAAAAUAUUUCUCUCUCAGGUUAUAAUUCUGAUUCAGGUCGACCACCACUUGUUAGUCCAUUACGUAAUUUAACAACCCCUGAUCUUUUCGUUCCAUUAACAAAUCGAAGUGAUGAAAAUGAUGAUUAUAUGUAUCAAAAAUCACCUUCAUCAACAAAUCAAAUAAUGUAUGCGACAACAAAUUAUAAAGCUCAAAGUGCCGAAGAAUUAUCAUUUUCAAAAAAUGAUAAAAUUAAAAUAUUGCAUAAAGAAUCUCAUUUGUCUUGGUAUGCUGAACAUAUACAAACAGGUGCACGUGGUUAUAUUUCACCAAAUCGUGUGCAUAUUAAUGCAAAAGAUACAUAUCCCCAAUCACAAAAAUCAACAAUAACAAAUACACAUUCAAUUAGUGAAAUACCACGUUUGGAUAAUAGUAGUCGACGUAUACAACAGAAAAGUGUGAAAUUUGAUAGUUCUGAUUAG